CAUGUAAACACAGCCUCAAGCAUUUAAAAAAACCUUUCUAUGAAAAAAACGAAAACCCAACAGUUAGAAUCAAUCGAAAUCGGCGCUUACCGCCCGGUAGAUUUUUAUUACCUGAUUAUUAAUAUUAAAAAUUAAGUUUAUGCUUAAUUUUUCCGAAAAAAAUGGAGCCACUGAAAAUUCACCUGGAUUCCUUGGAAAUGGCAGGAAAAAUGGUAGACAAACAUAUUAAUGCAGACAGUAAUUUUCCGUCUUUAAUUAAUCUUAUGAGAUAUACUGCACAAGGUGGUUCAACAGUAAGCGGUCUAGAUGUAUAUGAUUAUCCAAAUUUAAAUGGAUCUAAUUUAUUAAAUGUAAAUCACAUGAAAAUUCACAGUAAAAUUCCUUUACCGUCGGAAGUUAUGGAACAUUUUGGACAUAUGCAAUGCCACUGCAUGAUGGGGAUUUUUACGGAUAUUUCGAAAGCGUGGCUUACUAUUGACAGUGACAUUUACGUUUGGUCUUAUGAAAAUGAAUCUGAUGUGGCGUACUUUGACGGAUUGAACGAAACAAUUAUUAGUGUUGGUUUGGUGAAACCAAAACCUGGAAUAUUUCAAAGUUACGUGAAAUAUUUACUCAUUUUAACAACUACUGUCGAAAUAACUGUCCUUGGUGUUACUUUAACUGAAACGAAGAAUGGUUCUCAAGGAGAAAUACAGUUAGUUCCAGAGCCAAUUUUUACAGUUGCCACUGAUGGAGUCGCUAUUACGACAAUUGCUAAUACAAAUAGUGGAAGAAUUUUUCUUGGCGGCAGAAAUGGAUCUCUUUAUGAAAUAUACUAUCAAGCGGAAAGCAGUUGGUUUGGAAAACGUUGUAAAAAAUUAAAUCACUCGGAAGGUCCACUAUCGUUUCUAGUUCCUUCAUUCGUUUCAAUUGCAUUAAGUGAAGAAGAAUCAAUUAUUCAAAUAUCGGUAGAUGACACGAGGCAUAUUUUGUUUACUCUUGGAGAUAAAGGAAGUAUAACUGUUUGGGACAUUGACAAUGGAGGAGCAUCCAAAAUUACAACUAUGACACAAAGUACUCUUGUACAAAAUUCAGUUCAUGCUGUUAAAACCCUUGAUAGUAAUAAUUUUCGGCCCUUGGUCAGUAUAUCAGUUAUUACAGAAUCAGAAUCGCAACAUUUGAAUUUAGUUGCAGUAGCAGCAACAGGAACUAGAUUUUAUUUUAGCUGUAGUUCAGUUUCAAAUCCUUGCAGUAGACCACAGGGUCUUCAAUUAAUUCAUGUUAGAUUACCGCCUGGCUAUGCAGCAAAUGCUCCAGUUCUCCGACCGAGGAAAGUUCAAAUGGCCCAUUAUAGAAAAGGAACAUUAAUAUUGACCUGUGGCGGAGAUUCUGAAACUGUAUGGUGCUUAACAAAUGAUGUUUUUCCCUUCACCACUUAUCUUGCUGAAACACAAAGCAUUCUUCCACUCGACAGCCCAGUUUGGUCAAUGGCAGAAAUUCUUGGCGAACCUGCAAUACAAAUAGAGACGUUUAAUGGGUUACAAGGAGAUCCUCCUCUUUUAGUGAGGCAACAUAUGGAACCACCUAGGAAAUUUAUUUUUUUAACUGCACAAGGAGCAAUAAUAUUGAUUCAAGAACGGCCAGUGGAUAUUCUUCGGCAGCUUCUUUUAAAACAGCGUGGACCUGAUUCAGAACCAGUCAGAGCUUAUUUCCAAUCACAAUCACCAGAACAAGCAUGUGCUACGUGUUUGAUUUUAGCUACUCUUGAAAGUUCUCAAAAUGUUCAAUUAUCCGAAUGGGCAACAAGAGCAUUUUUCUUAUAUGGAGGACAAAGGAUUUCCAAUGUAUCAAACAUGGAGAUUCACAGUGGAUUUCCAAAUGCAGAUCUUCGGACAUCAACACCCAGAAUGCAAGGCUUAGAAUCUCGUUCUAUAUUUAGAUCUCAACAAAUGGGUAUUUCCACAGAUUUGACAUUGCAGCAAUUUUCUGGAAAACACGGAGGCCUAUAUCUUUAUGUUGGCAGAUUGCUCAGACCAUUUUGGAAUUUAAGAUGCAUUAAACAAGAAACUGUUAAUAACAAAUGCCAGAUUCUUAGUACAGUGUCAUCUAACCAAGUUGGAUGGAUUUUGGGACAUUUGCAGGCUUUAAGAUCAUUCUUGAACAAAAACACUUACAUUUCUAAACAUUUUAGAGAUAAUUCAACUCGAAAUAUGACGAACGGCUUUGAAAUAAGUCAAUUCAAUGAACCAAUUGUUGAGGAAAGAAAUUCUUUAGACGCUUUGAAAAUUUUUAUUACUCAUGCUUGUGAGAUUCUUGGUCUUUGGAAAAUUCUUUGUGAAAAUCAACUUCAGAAUAUAGUUAAUUGCCUUUCAAAGGAACAAAUUAAUCAGUUCUCGACUGCGACAUUUAGAGAUUUAAUUUUAAUCGGCCAUGAAAUAUCAUCUUUGCUUAUUAUUCACUUGAUUGAUAGUUACUUAGGUGAUAAUGCUUCAGUUGAUGCAGUAAGUACAAAAUUACGCGAAAUCUGUCCCAACUUGUAUAGAAGCGAGGAUGCUAUUUGUUCAAAGGCUAAUGAAAUUAUUCUAAAAGCAAAAAGUUGUACAAAUUCCGAGGAAAAAGAAACGUAUUUGCAGUCUGCUCUUAAGUUGUGUAAAGAAGUUGCUCCAAGAUUAAAUUUGGCAGCUGUUUGUCAACAGUUUGUAGCUUGUCAAUUUUAUUCCGGUGUUUUGGAACUUUGUCUUUGUUGCUCAGAAAGAAUUGAUCCAAACAAUGCUGCAUUGCAUUAUUAUAAAAAUAACGAGCCAAUUGAAGAUUAUGAAGGCAAUGCUGCUUAUUCGAAACGGUUAGAGAUUUAUAAAGAAUUCACUGCAAUGUUGGAUCAUCUGUACAAUCAAAGUAUUUCUAAUCCUUUGAAUCCAACAAUUCCAAGCAAACCAGGUCCUCCUAUUCGAAGUAUUACAGGGAUUAAUGCACCAGCAAAGGAUGUGUUACACGAGAUUAUCGACGAGGCAUUGCAUUCCUCGUGUGAAACUUUACAUGCUUCAAUUUAUUUGUGGAUGAUUGAAAAAGGUCUUCAUGGAGAACUAAUCGCACUCGCUGCUCCUUCCUUGGAAGCAUAUCUUAUACGAGUUGGAGCACCAGAAUUAUUAUGGCAGUAUUAUGAACGAAACAAAAAUCACGCGGGAGCUGCCAAAAUCUUGGAUUCACUGGCUACAAAACCUGGAACUGGCGUUCCUUUGACUCAACGUGUCGAAUAUUUAGCUCGUGCAGUAAUUUGUAUGCGAAGUGACAGAGCAGGGUAUGCUCCUUAUCUUGGAGUUUUUCUGCGAGAACUGGAAGACAAAGUUGAAAUAGCAAGAAUUCAGCAACAGAUACUGGAAACCAUUGCAAAUGAAGAGAAUAUUCUUGAUCCUGCCACUGUUCGAGAUGCAAAGAUAAGAUUGAAUUCUUCCUUAUUAGAUAUUACACAGUUAUAUGAAGAUUAUGCGGAACCACUUCAACUUUGGGAGUGUAAAUUGGCAAUCAUACAUUGCUCAGGACAUCAGGAUUCAAUGUUAAUUCAAGGAAUUUGGACCAACAUAAUUGAUAAUGAAUUAAGAAACGCCACGUCUCCAUCAUCUGAAGAUAAGUUAGUAAUUCUCUUGACUAAAGUUAAACAACUUGGACAAGAUUACUUUGGAAGUCCACAUUGCUUUCCCAUAGACUUUUUAUUAAAACAAUUGGAAAUUCGAGCUUGUCGAUUGAAAAUCUCGAAUGAUCAUAUAAUUAAAGGACUUUUGCAAUUAGGAAUCCCAAUCGAAGAUCUCCUAGAUUACUAUGAUAAAAUGAUUGGAGGAAAUAACCGCACGUGGCUAAACGAAGGCAAUGAAUUCCAUCUAAUUGAAUCAACUAUGAAUCUAGUUAAUUACUUCAUAUCCAAUUCAACUAUAACUAAUAACUUUAACAGGAUCAAAAUAAUUACAAAGUGCCAAGACGUUAUUUCGAAAUGUCUGACUACACUGUUUAGUAAACCAAAUGGAGGACAAUUAAUUGAAAAACUGCGAUCGAUACAAAGUGUGCUUAAUCGUUUGUAAACAUUCGUAUUGAACUUGAAGUAAAAGAUAAAGAAAGAAAACCAAUACACUCUUAUGUAAAAAAUCAUUCGAUAUUUUUAUUAUAUAAUAUACAGUAGGUACUUUUUUUAAAUACUCUGAUAUUUUGCAAUUGUUAUUUUUAAUAAACACAUUCCGAUAGAAA